AUGUAUGGAAACGAGAAACAAGUAACCAUUUAUGUGACAACAGAGAAUAACCUCAGCUCCAGUAACCAUACUAACCAUUUGUGUGCCAACAGAGAUGAACCACACGAUGAGUAUGAUGUAGACAUUUUUCUUAGUGAAGAAAGCUAUCAUAGUCAUCUCAAUUCUGAUAAUGAAGACAAUCUAAUGAAUGAUGAUGGUGAAGUUCACUCAUUUAGUAAGAAUAGUAUAAGCAUGAAAGUCGGCUCAAAAUUUGAAAAUGUGGUUGAUUUUAGGAGAGCUUUGAACCACUUUGCAGUCAUAAAUGAGUUUAACUACUACAUUCAGAAAAGUGACCCGACACGAUUCAUAGCAAGGUGUGAAAACCUAGAGUGCGAGUGGAGAAUUCAUGCUUCUAUUACACAAGAUGAAGUUACCUUUGAAGUUAAUAAAAUGGUAGAAGUGCAUUCUUGCACUCAAAGCAACAAGGGUGGCAAUAAGUGUGCCACUCAAGGAUGGAUUGCUAAUGUAGUUACUGACAAGUUGAAAUCUGAUGAUGUCUCUCCAUAUAAGCUUAGAAAUUGGAUUAUGAAUACUUACAAUGUUGAUGUGCCAUACCUAAAAGUUUUUAGAGGGAAAGAGCAAGCUUAUACCGACAUGUAUGGUAAGUGGGAAGACUCUUUCAUGAAGAUGGAUGAAUUUAGAGAAGAACUAUUACGAAGGAACGAAGGAAGCAUUGUUAAAAUUGACUUUGACAUAGUUGGUGGAAAGAAACUUUUCAAAAGGUUUUUUAUUUGUUUAGUAGCUUGUCCUAGAGGGUUUGUUGUUGGUUGUCGUCCGUAUAUUGGUCUUGAUGCUUGUCAUUUAAAAGGAAAGUUCAAUGGUGUACUAGCCGCUUCAACUGGUAUUGACGGUACCAAUUCUAUCUUUCCAAUAGCAUAUUAUGUGCUUGAAUCAGAAAACACACAAUUAUGGACAUGGUUUCUUGACUCGCUCAAAAAAGCAAUUGGAACGCCAAAUGGUCUUAUUAUCUCGUCAGACAUGCAAAAAGGGUUAGAAGUAGCCAUGAUGAAUGUUUAUCCUAAUGUUGAGCAUAGAGAAUGUAUAAGGCACUUAUAUAGAAACUUCAAGAAACACUUUUGUGGUGACUUCAUUAACAAGAAACUAUGGGCUGCCACGAAAACCUAUCGUCCUACAAAGCAUGACAGAUUAUUGAAGGAAACUAGUGAUAAAAAUGAAGAUUUCAUUGCAUAUCUAAAUACCAACAAAAAAAAAUAUGGAGUAGAAGCAAGUUUGUUGCGCUAUAAACCCGUGCUUGAUCUCCUUGCUGCAAUUAGGGAAAAGAUUAUGAAACAGUUUGAUAAGAAAAGAAAUUUGGUGAAUAUAUGGAAUGGCACAUUAGUUCCUAUUGCUAAAAACCAUCUCAAUGACAUCGCUAAGUAUAAGGGAACACGUUGGGAGGUCAACCUAGAUGAAAGAAAGUGUAGUUGUCGGGUGUGGCAAGUUCAGGGCCGACCAUGUGUACAUGCAGCAGAUUUUAUUGCUUUUAUAAGGGAUGCUAACUGGGACAAAUAUGUUGAUCCCUAUUUUAAUAUAGAGAACUUUAAAGCUGCAUAUGCUUUUCAAAUUGCUCCAAUGUCCGGACAGGAUCAAUGGGCGCAAAAAAAUGAGGAGAAAAUAUAUCCACCUCUUAUCAAACGCCCCCCGGGACGACCAAGAAAAAAUAGAAUUAAAUCAUCAGAUGAGUCUAAAAGAAGACACAAGUGUCCGCGAUGCGGAGAGUGUGGACACCGUGAAAAGACAUGUAAAAAUCCAGCAUCUCAAAAUUCUGAUGGAAGUGAAACAUCCACAUCUAAAAGGAGACGUGAAAAGAAUACAAAAUCGCAGAGUGAUUUGGGAGUUUCGGGGUCUACAUGA